CUCCUCUGUCAUUUGCUGCAGCUCCCAUCUGCUCGAGGGCACAGCCUGCUCAGUCCUCACUGCAGAGGGAACUCCAGACACUUUCCCCUGGUCCUCUCUGUUUUCUUGAGCAAGUGGCUUUCUAAACAAAGUUUCGUGUGGGAGGCUUCAUGUUGGCAUCCAGAGUACAUGUCCCAAAUAUGUCCAGCCCCACCUUCUGACCCUAGUGCAGAGGAGCUGCCGACAGAUGACAGUAGCUAUCCUCCUUCAAUACUGAGGAAAAGGCCACCUGUGGACCAAGCUGUGGGGGAAAAGCGGAAAGCAGAGAGAAGGGUUCGAUUUCGUGAGCCAGAAGUCGUCAUUGAAUAUGCCAUUUCCUGCUGUGACUACGUAGUUGUAGAUGACAGGUCAUCAUCUGGCUUGCCUGUGUUCCUGUGGCUCUCAUUUUCUGCAGUGCUGAUCCUUGCUGUGAGUCUCUACUACACCAGCAUGAAGCAAGAUGUCAAAGUCCUGGAGGAAUUUCAAUCCCGACUUGUUAUCUUCUUUCUUCAGAUAAGACACGUCGCUCAGAAAUGCUGGACUUGGUUUACGAGGCAGUAGCAAUGUCCUCCAGCCUGACAGACAUCUCAGAGCACUGCUAACAAGCACACAGCAGCUCCCCAUCUACUCCAGCCACAUGCAGGGAACACAUGAGCAUCCACAGAGCAAGAAAACCACCCCUGUUGUGCACUGCCCAGCAGCCAUUUGUUCUCCUUUCUAUUUUCUUUUUCUUUUUUUUUUUUUAUUUCACAUUACUCAGCAGUCAUAGUAACACUUAAAGGUCCCACCAAAUGCAUGCUCCAUCAUCCUGAACAGCAAACAAGUAUCUGAAUUUUGCCCCCCCAAGAGCUUACAAACUGCUGAUAUGAGGAACAGAAAUAGAGAAAGAAAUAAUAUGUUGAUCUGUGUAGGCAGCAGCAAGCUCUGAAUAAAAGUCUCCUGAGUCUCCGAUCAAGGCUUUAAAUACCAAACCAUCUUUCUCCUCAAGUCUCCUAAGAGCUAUUCUGCAAAAGUUGAAAUAAAGCUGAGCUAUUGCACAUGCACUGCUUGGUGGCCAAAGGCUUUGCAAUCUGCUAUAUUUAUGUACCUGAAAUGACUAUUAGUAAAAUCCUGGCAAAUGGUUUUCUUGUUUGCCUUCAUGAAUUUUUUUUUCUCCGUGGUCAAAAGCUGUUUCUUAAUGUUUCACUUGACUCCCAGGUGUGAAAAAGAACAUGAAAGCUCAUUUAAACAGUAAAUAGUUUAUUUGCCUAACAUAAUAAAUAGCAUCAUUGAAUCCCAGGCUAAUUAUCAAAUCAGUAGUUUAAUCCUCUGGGUUUGAUUCCGUCCAUGAACCUCAUAAGCUGAUCUUAAAUGAUUUAUGCUAGUGCUUGUAUUCAGUCGGAGCUUAUGCAUUUAUGCCUGGGUCUUCAAGGCCUUAUGUAAUGGUUAUAUUGACUGUUUAUGAAGAUGUGGGAGGCAAAGCCCCUCUGUCCCUCCAUUGUCCCACCACAGUAUGCAUGUCUCUGAAGAGAAUCCUUUUAAUGGUGAUCAUAUAAUAAAUGUGGAAUGGUGCUUUGCAUGUCUGAGAGGAGAAUGAGUGCAAGCUUAUGAGCUUCAGCUAUGUUUUCUUCCUAGACAAAACAAGCACAAUCAGGUUUUUAGGCCUUAGAUUCUUGUCAUGUAGCACCUGAUGUACGCUUGGGUUUAUUUGGUGCAAUAAGAUUGACAUCAGAACCUUUAAGAGCUGAAGAUAAAAAAAGAAAAAAUGGCAGAGAAGGCAGAAGACAUGUCUGCAAGACCUUGGCUUGAAUUCCCCCACCACUGCAACUCAUCAAAAAGAAAAAAUGGUGCUUGAUUUUUGGUUGUUUUGUUGUUUUUUUUUAAAGAGCGCUGUAUCUCCCUGCCUGAACAAUCUUCUUCCAAGCAGCCCAAGAACUGUAACCAGGCAGCGGAUAAACAGAAACACUUUAUGUAGCCUUCUAUCAAGAGCAUCAGCAGUGUGACUGAGAACGAGUCAAAAAGAUUGCAGAGACAGAAAGAAGUGACUUCUGUGGCCAUUCUCAUGCUCUCCUAACAUCUCAAAGGCCACAGCAAUUGCAUUUGGUUCACUGCCAGUCUGAGAAGCAGAGGCUGCUGCAGGAGGAGCAUUUAGCUCAGUGGGUGUUUGUGCAAAUUGCUCGGGUACCCCAGCUCAGGGGGUAAGUUUCACCACUGCUUCCCUUCCCUCACCCCUGUCUCAGCCCUGCUGUUUAAGUAAUAAAGAGGAAAGCUUUUAAA